UCAAACUAACAUUAAAUAGCUCUCUGAUUCUCUUCUACUAUCUCUAUCAAUUUUUUCUCUUUCUCUCUGUCAUUCUUUUUCUCUUUCUCUGCAGUUUUUGAAAUAAUGGUGAAACAAUCGUUAGCUCGCACAACCGUUGGAAUCAUAGGGAAUGUCAUCUCUUUUGGCUUGUUUUUCUCACCAGCUCCAACUUUCUAUGGAAUUAUAAAGAAGAAGUCAGUAGAAGAGUUCAAGCCAGAUCCAUACUUAGCAACAUUGUUGAAUUGUGCAUUUUGGGUAUUUUAUGGCAUGCCUUUUGUGCAUCCAAAUAGCACUUUAGUUUAUACCAUCAAUGGUAUUGGAAUUGUAUUUGAGAUAGUCUAUCUUACCAUAUUUUACGUCUAUUCUACUAACAAAGGAAGGAAAAAACUAGUGCUUUUUCUUUUUAUUGAGGCUAUUUUCUUUGUCGCCAUUGUUCUUAUAACAAUGUUGGCACUUCAUGGCACUACAAAAAGAUCCUUAAUUGUUGGUGUUAUAUGUGAUAUCUUCAACAUUAUGAUGUAUGUCUCUCCUCUUACAAUCAUGGCAAAAGUUAUAAAAACUAAGAGUGUGAAAUAUAUGCCAUUUUGGCUCUCUGUAGCUAACUUUCUCAAUGGUUUGUGUUGGACAACAUAUGCUCUUCUUCACCCCUUUGAUAUUUAUGUCUUGAUAAGCAAUAGUGUUGGAGUAGUUUCUGGACUUGUUCAGCUCAUUCUAUAUGCUUGUUAUUGUUCUUGCAAAGGUGAAAACAAUGAAGAAGAUGAUUUUGAGAUGAAACCAACUAGAAUUCAUGAAAUCUCCAUUAGUGAAAGAGUUAGAGGAGGAGGAUGAAUCCUAAUUAACAUCAUAGCUUUCUUAAUUCCUUAUGUCCUUCUGUAUUUUAAUAUUUUGUCAUGCACUUUAUUAGUGUUGAACACGUGAGAAAUAUAUCUAUAUAAAAUUAAUUAAUAAUUGGAAAGUAUUGAUUAAUUUUUA